UACGUGUAGAUUUCAACCUCAGCAGCCUAAGUACCUUUAAGCUAUGCGACCAUACUAUAUAACAAUCUUGUUAGCCCUUGCAGUAUCAAAAUCACAACAAACAGUAGAACCUCAUCGUGAUCACCUCUACCAACACGACCACUACAAAGGCUCAGAGCACGAUGUUAGGUACGACCAUGAUGCAUUCUUAGGACCUGACGCUCAGAAAUUCGAGGAAUUCCCACCAGAAGAGUCCAAGCUCAAGCUUAAAAUAAUUGUUACUACCAAGAUAGAUACAAAUAAGGAUAGCAAAGUUAGUCUGGAAGAGCUUGAGGCUUGGAUUGAACGACAACGCAAAGCAUUCAUGUACGAAGCUAUUGAAAAGAACAUCAAAGAGGAAGAUAAAAAUGGCGACGGAAAGAUUUCCUGGGAGGAAUACAAAGCAGCAAAGUUUGGAGAGUGGGAUAACAAUAACUUACCUCAAGAUCACAAUUUACGACGUCAGAUACAAAAAGCACAACACAAGUUCAGUAUGGCAGAUGAAGAUAAGGACGGCAAGAUGGACAGCGAUGAGUACGUGAACUUUCAACAUCCAGAAGAAACGAAACACAUGGAGGAACUCGCAGUAGACGAGAUAUUGGAGGACGUGGACCAGAAUGGAGAUGGUUUUAUCACAAUUAAGGAGUUUCUUGGGCAAUAUGGCGACGUGGAAAAGACACCGGGCUGGGUUGAGCGAGAACGAGAAGAGUUUGCGCGACAAUUUGAUAAGAAUAAAGAUGGUAAACUGAACCGUGAAGAAGUGAGAGACUGGGCGCUACCUCAACGAGGUGAAUCAUUGGAUGAAGCUAAGCAUUUGAUUGACGGCUCGGAUGAUGACGCUGAUGGUAUUCUGUCUUUGGAGGAAAUCUUGAUUCAUUGGGAAAUGUUUGUAGGAAGUAAAGCUACUGAUCAUGGAGAGACUUUGAGACAGAUGAACAGAGUAGAAUUGUAAAAACGCCUAAAAUUAAAAUAAUAUAUCGGUGUUUUCUAUUGAGUCAAGCGGAGUCAAUGAGGAAAGAGAUGAUGAACUGGGAAAAUUGUUGAAUGUAAAAACGUUUACGYAUCGUCGAGUUACUGGAGUGUCAUUGAAUAAAUUACCAUUUCUACCUA